GUUUCACACUCACGAGUCACACACAAUAAGCAACCGAGAGAGCACGAGAGAAACGCCACGAAACCCACGAAGAACGCGAGCAGCCUUGGUCACCCACGCUUACAAAACCGACGGCGCCGGCGGGCAGUACACUGACGACGACGAAGAAACCCGUUCUGGUCGGCGACCCAGGUUCGUUCACAUUGUAGGAUUUCUCAGAUUUUGGGUGCUUUCUCAGAUUUUGAGUGAAUCGUGAAAUGGGUUGGAAAGCUGCUGAAAAACUCAUUAGGCACUGGAAAGUUCUCAGAGGGGAUAAUGUUAUGAUAAUAAGAGGCAAAGAUAAGGGUGAGACUGGGACUAUUAAGCGUGUUAUUCGCUCUCAGAAUCGUGUCAUUGUUGAGGGUAAAAAUCUGGUGAAGAAGCAUAUUAAGCAAGGGCAAGGCCAUGAAGGGGGCAUCUUUUCUGUUGAAGCCCCAAUCCAUGCCUCCAACGUUCAAGUUCUUGACCCAGUGACCGGGAAGCCUUGCAAGGUUGGGGUUAAAUAUCUUGAAGAUGGUACUAAAGUCAGAGUAUCCAGAGGAAUAGGAGCAUCUGAGUCUAUAAUCCCUCGUCCUGAGAUCUUAAAGAUAAGAACUACCCCAAGACCUACAGUCCUUGGUCCUAAAGAUACUCCAAUGGAUCUUGUGCUAGAGAAGACUUACGAUGCUAAAACAGGAAGGGGAAUGCCUGAGCUUUAAGGAUAUUAUGUACCUUAUUCAAAUUAGUGAGUUGCUAUGACGAUGAACAAGAUAUGGAAAGAAUUUGUCACAUGUUUUGUUUACCGUGAUUUUGUGGAAUUGCUUUCAAAUUUUACUGGUUUAGCCUGUGAUUUACUGAUAGCGAAAAAAAAUUAAUAAUUAUUUUUAUCCUUUU